GGGCUGAGCAGCUGAUGACACAAGAAUGUGUAUCAAGUGUAAAAACGUGCGUCCAUUGGCGGAUUUCACACUGCACACUCGUCAGAAAGUCGUGGCAAUUUGUCAGACGUGUAGCAAUUUGAAACUUUCCGCUAUUGAUAAAUCCAUCUACAAGGCCAUCCUCAGGUCCAUCCGCCGAGAUGAGCGCCAGCGCGGAGCGCUCGCCUCGUACGCCUUCAUCAUCCAGGAGGACGAUGUGCGCUUCCUGGUGGAGAACAUCUGGCACGGACACUCCGUCCUCAGCCAGAACGACAACCGAAUGGAGCUGAGGCUGCCCAGGUGGAAAGUGACCGACGACUGGGCGCCAUGGAACUGCAUUUGCCUCACGGAGGCCGAGGCGAGGGCGCACGUGGUGGUGGAGCACCUGCACCGCGUGUAUGAGAGGAACUUCCUGCAGGACGUGCAGGGGAAGAACGCCCUGGGCAUGACGGCCUUCCGGAAGCUCAAGGAGGUGGACUUUGACUUCGUGGAGUCCGGAGAGUGGUGGAGCGUGGGCAUGGAUGGCAAAACAGUGUAGGGA